GAAAGCUCAAAAAUUGGAAGGAAUACCUACUAAAAUGGUGUGAAAAUUUGGGGUAAGAGAUAGAAAGGAAACGGCUUGGGAUUUUCCCUAAAAUCGUUAACUUCUAGACAAAUCCCUUCAGGAAAAUUUCUCAACUCUUCAAGAGCUUCUUGGGGAUGGUAUUAGUUUCAUGAAACUCCAACACUGAGGAAUUCAAUGACGUUCAAAGUGCUCUUUUGGGAGAUUUGAACUGAUUAAAAGAUAAAGAACCAUUUGAUGAUUGAAUCAAAAAUUUUAAUUGGAAUGGAAGGUGAUAUAUUUGGAGACGUAGACAAUACAGCGGUCCAAGUAGAUAGCAGAAUCAUUGAGGCAUUUCAGAAGAACUUGCUGCAAGCCCAAGACAUUUUGGAUCAAAACAGAUUGCUAAUCAAUGAGAUCAAUCAAAAUCACUUGUCAAACAUGCCACAAAACCUGAGUAGAAAUGCGGGUUUGAUCAGAGAACUGAAUAACAAUAUCAGAAGGGUGGUUGAUCUCUAUGCUGCUCUUUCCAGUUCUUGUUUGAAGUCUCGAGAAGCUUCAUCUGAAGGGGAUUCCAAUGGGACUCUAAAAUCCGAUGGAAAAGUGAGUCAAAAGAAAAUUAGAAUCGAUUAACACUUGUCAACUAAGAUUCCUUGGUAAGGAAUGUAAUUCAUGUCUCAUAACAGCGCGGGUUGAAAUCCCACUGUCAAUUAUCGGUAACUUUACAAGCUUUCUAAAUUGUGAGGCCUAACCUGACCCUAUUAAGCUCCUAUGAUCCAAUUCAUAUGAACUUCUGUUUAAUAAUAAUAAUAAUUUAGUGGUGUGAA